AUGAAUGUUGCAAGAAGACAGACGCAACGGCAGCGGCAGCGCAUAGCUUGUGACCCCUGCCGAGAGCGCAAACGAAAAUGCGAUGGCAGCCGUCCCUGCAACAUGUGCCUUGGUUAUGGGUACGAGUGUGUGUACCGUUCAGCCCCCCGUAGCCGACGAAGCCAGAGAGUGACGAGUAGGUCGGUAACAGUUGCUACGCAAGAAGGAAGCCCGUCGAUCUCCGCACAGACACCUUCACGCCUCCUAGAGCGCCAGCAUCAACAUGAGAUGCUCCCAGAUCGGCACCAAGAUGACAUUGAGCAAAGCCUAGAGCGGCUCGUGGAAGAACCUCGAAGACAAAUUGAACAAGGUCCGCCCUGCUACUUGCGGUCUGUGGAAAGCAACUCCGGCGCAGCUUUUGUACGCCUCCUUACCGUGUCACUGAAUUCCUCCAGUAGUAGCGUUUCUCCGAUACGGAUGCUGGGAUGGAACCUGUUUCUCGGGGAGAGACAGGCUGUUUUGUCCACACAUGCGGAACUACUGUCAAAUGUUCUGUCGGAAGUGGACAUGCAGCAUCUAGCUGACAUCUACUUGGAGAAGUUCCACCCAUGCUAUGGAUUCGUUGACAAGGAGUCGUUACUUCGCAGUAUAUCGAAUACUUGGAACGGACGGAGUCGAUCUGAUGCGAAAGAUGCCAUGCUCUCUGGCGUAGCCGCCAUCGCCUGCCUCUUCUCCAAUUCGCAGGAUUCGGCGACCGAGCAGACCCUCGUUGCCCUUGCAAAGCGCCUUCUAGAUCCAUCGAUCACAGGCGCUCCUUCGAAACAUCUAGCUAUUGCUUGGUUGUUGCGGACCGUCUAUCUCCGCCUAACUGCAAAGCCAGAAGAGGCUUGGAUGGCCAGCUGCAAUACAUUGCAUGUGAUCGAUGCUACGAUAUCCAUCAAUCGCAUCGGUACCAGCAGUCUUCCCGUGUCAAUACACGAGCCUCAAGAUGUUCCUGACAUCCAAACAAACCUUUGCGGCGUGGCGCAACAUCUGAAUAUAUGGCUAUCUUAUGAUCUAGGGCGGAGUCGUGUUGUGUUGCCUACGCUGGAUGCAUUUCCGUUGUUCGAGAAGCCAGGAGAGUACACAGCGGAGCUGCUGGGUCUUCUACCAUACUCCGAAGUUCUGGAUCCAACAAACAAACUCAGCUCCGAGAGCCUCCUUGCAACACUCGUGGAAGUUCUGAGGAGAGAUCACACUGAGCCACCUUCUGUUUUAGCCCAGUGCAACCUCACUCUUUGCAUUUACAGACGAAUCCACUCCGCCAAAUCAGACGUUCCAGACCGGGUCAUGCAUAAUGUGUUCAAUAUGAUGCAAAAGAGCAUUCGAGCUGUCCACUCAGCAAUCGCUCGCGGGCUGCCGUGGCACCAUGUGGCAAACAUACCUUUUCAGCUGCUAUGCAUGUUACUCGCCAUGGAUACCCCGCAGUCAUUCGGACUCCUAGGCGAAGCCUUAUCAUGUAUCAUAGCGGUCAACGAGGGAUACCCAACAGAGGCAACACGGGAGGCAGUGACUGCGGCCCGUACCUUUCUUCAACUGCAUCGAAAGCGGAGAGAGACCGAGGUCCAGAACCAUACCAACAUGCUAAGUCUGUAUCCGUUUGUGGACACUGAGUUGCCACAAAACCAGGAUGCUCUUCUAGAUGCUGAUGUUUUGCAAGAGUCCUGGUGGUUUAACGAGUUCAUGGCCCAUCCAGAUAUGCUUGGCUCCGGGAUCGAUUUCGGUCUGCAGCUCUAA